AUGACUAUUGAUAUCGAAAACACGAGUAGUUACGACUCCAAGCUUUUUCACUCCAUAAUGAUCGGGAAUAUGGAGCUUCAACAUCGCAUCGUGCAUGCUCCGGCUACCCGAUUGCGGUGUCAUGAAGAUGGAAUGAGAAGUGCUGUACCUGGGACAUUGCUUAUAACAGAGUCCAUUUUCUCCGGGCUUAAGUCAGGAGGAUUCUCUAAUAUUCCUUGCUUGUACAAUGAACAGCAUGUCGAAGCAUGGAAGCCGAUUGUGAAAGGAAUUCACGAUAAGAAAUGCUUUGUAUUCAUGCAAUUUUGGAAUCUUCCUGGAGAAUUGAAGCCAGAUUAUCUCGAAGACCAAGAAAGGUUGGAAAAUGUUACUCAGGGAGAAUGUCCUAUGGAUCCAACAGGAUUGCCGGCAGCCUUGGGAAGCGCUUACUCAAUAUGUGGGGAAUCUCUGUAUAUUGAUAAAUAUAUGUCAAAAUUGGAUAUAAAUGAACAUAUCGCUGAGUAUCGCGAGGCCGCUAAACGUGCUGUAUUCGGAUGCGAUGCUGAUGGCAUAGAAGUUCAUCAGGUCAACGGAUUUUUACUUGACAAAUUCGUUUUGAACGGAUUUGGAGAAAAGUGCGAUCCGAACUAUAGAGGCUCAUUAGAAAACCGGGUUCGAUUUUGCUUGGAGCUUAUUCAGUCAGUUGUGGAAGCAAUUGGACAAGAACGAGUAGGCUACCGUAUAUCUCCAUACUCCGAUAUCUGGAGAUCCAAGGAUCAUGUCGAAGCCCAUACAUAUCUAGUUCAAAGGCUUCGAGAAAACUUCCCAAAGCUUGCUUACCUGCAUGUUAUAGAGCCUCGGAAAUACUGGACAGGUCAUGAACAAAUUCUUCAAGAAAAAAACUCGCUCGAGUAUCAAAAGUUAUGGAAACAGCCGUUGUUGAGUGCUGGAGGACAUGAUCGGGAUUCCGCUUUGCAAUUGACAACCCAAGACAAUGUUUUGGUUGUCUUUGGACGAUACUUUUUGGCUAAUCCCGAUUUACCUUUUCGUCUAAAACACAAUUUGCCACUGAAUAAAUGGAAUCGCUCCAAAUUUUACGCGAAAAAGAGGCCAGAGGGCUAUAUUGAUUAUCCAUUUUGCGACGAAUUCAUCCGUGAAACAGCAAAAGCGGAAAAUAUCAAGCAAGAAAAUGAAUCCUGA